AUGAACGAACGUCAUGAUGCCUUGUACAACCGAGCGCGAGGCGUUCUCAACCAGAACAUCAAGCGGCUUUGGUUUAUGGUCAAUCCUUAUUUGGAGAAGAAAGACACACUCGACGCGCAUCCCGAGUCGCCGACGCGGUUUAUUCAGCCUCUUCAGUCCACUGUCCUGAGUGAAAGUUUACUGAACCAUGAAACUCAGGAGCACAAGCAGCUGGAGAUAGAUGGAUUCUGGGAUUUUUUGUUUUCUGACAAAUGGCGUGGUCACUGCUCGGUCCGAGUUAUGGAAGGACAAUUACUGGAAACCAUGAUGGCUGUCUUACAUGUGCUGGAACGAGAUGGAGAAGUGAUUCACAAGAAAACGCAUGCGUAUGCCAGGAAUGAGCGCGAGAGGCGGGGUUGUUACAGACUAGCCAAUCAGGAGGGUUGUGAUACAGUGCAGGAAAUACUUCUCCUGGAGUUUACAUAUUACGGUCGCCGAAAACCACGGCCCUCGCAAUGUACGUCGGACUCCAGUAGUGGUUACCCAGGAAACGGAAGUACCACCACCACAUGGCCGUGUGCAUCUCCUUCCUGUCCUUCUGGCAACGAAAUGCUUACGUCAGUUCCAACAUUCGCCGACACGCCAAAGCCACAAAAUGUGAGCAAGCCUUCACGCCGAAGACGUAAGAGUGCUCCAAACAUUCGGAAAAACGUUCCAAAGAAUACACAACGUCGUCUGUCCCGCCUUCCAAACACAUUAGAAGAAGAAAAGGCAAAUUUCGAUGAUGACGGGCAACCUGAUCGAAAUUUUCUUUUGGAAAUCAAUGAUUUUCAAACUACCGGUGUCUGGAAUAGUCAACAAUCUCACAUCAGCAGUGAAAGCAGCGAUUUUCGGACAACCAACUCAAUCGUUCGGAAUCUUUCUCGGCUUCCUUGCUCGGAAAGAACCUCAUAUAUGGGCAAUGUCAUGAUGGACGAAAAUGAUACUUCUGGUGAAAAUAUGAACGUUAAUGAAGUAGAGGAAUUGUGGGAGAAAAUGAUGUACUUAAGCGAUAUCAAAUCAAAGACUGCCAUGGAGACUGUGUCGGGAAAACUAAGACGUUAUAUGGCAGAAAAGUAUCAGGCGAAGAAAGAAAUGGAAGAGAUGCACGAGGAGUGGGAAAAACGAAGGAUUUCAGCCUUCAAACCCGUAUCAAAGUAUGCUGAAAUGGACGCCGAGGAAAGCAGUAGCUCUUCCGGUAUCCAAUACCGCUUUCUUGACUGUGUUCCUGAUUUUGAGGAUUUUCUCCUCAUACUGGAAGAGGAUUCAAAAUUUGAUCCAAGAUUUAAAAGAGCGAAGCAGAUCAGCAGGAAAAUCGCGAAGAGAUACAACAUCGCGAGAGAAAAUAUAUCGGGAUUAGCUAGUGUAGAGGUCGACCAGAAAAAGACGAAUACUGUUUCAAGGUUACCGCCAAUUUCAGAGAAAGGCACACAAAUGAAAAAAAAUUUCCGCACAGGUGAUAAUAAAUUCCGGAGUUCGACAAAGACACCAACUGGUUCUCGUAGAAUAUCGGCGGUCGCCAGAAGCAGUGUUACUAGUGUGCAUGGUAGCGAGAAAGUGGACAAUGAAAAAACAGCUCACGAAGUAGGAGUUGUGACCGCUUCAAAGUCUUGUGAAAAGCACGUGCUUGAGCAUUAUGGUAGGCGCAGUUCUCACAGAGCAUCCCUCUGCAAAGUUUUACCCGUGAAGGACGCCAAGAAAAAGAAAAAAACACCAGAUACAGCUCCUUCCAUAUACUUAACAUCUCCUGCUGGUGCUAACUAUCUACUAUAUCAGCCUGCUAGUAAGAAGUCAGAUGCAAAACGGAAAGGAACGCUACACACUGACAAUACGUCAGGACCAAUUGCGGAGGUGGAAUUUGAGCAGGACCCUUCCGAAAAAACGAAAGACAACGUGUACUCAAGUGAAGAUGAUCAAGAUGACACGACAGAUUUCCAGAAUCUGUUUGAUUCUAGAAAGCUGAACACCAAGUACAGUUUUGAACGAUUGCGAGGGAAAAAUUACCACAAGAAAAAACCAGCCUUUUUCGGCGUCUUGAAGAAAUACUACAAGAUGCAGAAAGUGGCCGAUGCAUUUUCAGGACGCAAAUCUCAACGCAAAUCCGUGUUUCAACGUCUGCUUAAUAAAGACAAACAAAAGCAAGCCUCGGAUACGGACAUAAUUGGAAAACUGAAGCCCUACAACUUUUUGUACCACAGAGAGAGAACUAGGACAGAAGUUGACCCAUGCGAUUUCAGCAGUCUAUCCAUGGACAUAUUUCGUGCAAACCUCGUCAAGGCACUCGACGACUUCGUCGUUAGGAAAGAGCGUGUGGUGUCAAAUAUUGGUGGGAAAAGUUCAACCCACAUAACCUUCACGAAACAAUCCAUCUUCAAACACAGAGAAUAA